CCCACUUAGAGGUGGGGAAAAAACGUUCUUCAGAAGUAAAAGUUUCCAUUUGAUAAUGGAGGGAUUUGUUGUGGCUGGGAGAGCAGCGUAGAUCAGAUCUUGCGACGAUGUGAGUUUAGGCAACGCGUAGAUGGAGAUUUUAAACUGGGCCUGGAGAGAGAAAAGGGGUGGUUUCUUUUAAAAGGGUUGCAGAGUAAAGAUUAGAUAUCUGGAGGUCUCUGCUGACAGAUUUACAAGCAGAAGAAUAUGCGGAGGGAAAACUUGAAAGCAAAAGACAUUCAUUUUUGGCUUUCCAAAAGCCUGGUCCCUGCUGGGAUUCCCAGACGCAACUUGGAUGGUCAGUUAACCAGGAAAACAACAGGAAAUAAUAUUUGUAGUGUUGAAGCAUUUUGCUAAGGAGUCCGGCCACUGGGUGUGGCUCUUGCAAAUUUGGCCUGGCUUAAUUUGGGUGGGUUCUUCCGCACCUUUUUCCUUUACCCAGAAAACUGCUUCUGUUCACACACUUUUGCCCCCAAACCUCCCUGCCCCAGAGGCCUUGCAGACUCUUUAGGCCUGAACAUGUGAAAUUUCGCGAUCUGUGCACAAACCAUGCCCAGCCCAGCGAAAGGUGUGCCGUCCCAUGCCAUCGUUCAGUACCUCACAAGUAUCAGCAUUCAUGUCCGACCUUGGAAGACCAGUCCUAGCCAGGAGAACAGCAUUCUGCCUCCUCCGUCCGGUGGUCUGUUUGGCGUUCCGCUGCAUUUGCUGCCCCUUUCAGAGCAUGUAGAAGGGGUGCCACAGUUCCUUGUGGACGCAUGCGAGCUGCUCCGACCCCAUCUUCAUGUGGAAGGGCUCUUCCGAAAAUGUGGAUCCAUGACUCGUAUCAAAGCCUUGAAGGCCCGGCUGGAGGCUGGCGAGCGCUGCUUGGCGAUGGCUCUCCCGUGCGACGUGGCCACCUUGGUGAAGCAGUUCCUGAGGGACCUGCCUGAGCCCCUGAUCCCAGCUGGCAUCCAGGGGCCUUUGUGCCAGGUCCAGCAGCAAGAGGACAGCGACCCCCUGACUCUCCUGCUCACCUCCCUGCUGCCCCAAAGAAGCACCGAUCUCCUCCGCUAUUUCUUCAGGUUCCUGCAGGACGUGGCUUCCAGGUGCGCCCAGAACAAAAUGGACUUGGCCAACCUGGCGGUCAUCUUCGCCCCCACCCUCUUCCCCAACGAGGUUUGCAGCCAGCUGGACAGCAGAGCUGAGGAGCAGCUGCAGAGGCAGGCAGCCGUGGUCCACACUUUGAUCAGCCAUGCGGCGGAGAUUGGCACAAUUCCCGAGCUUCUCCUGGAAAAAGUCCAAGCCGCCUGCUCAGAUGCAGAAACCAAGAGACUGUCCCCACCAGGCCCAGAAGACACUGGGGAAAAGCGCGUCGAAGGAAUGUGGAGGAGGCGGCGGCGGCAACGGAGCAUGGGCAUUCAGAAUUCUGUUGGGAGAUGUCAUGGGCACUAG